UGGCUGAUUGCAUCGCCACAGGAUAUCUGGAAAGCAAUCAUGUCGGAAAAACAGCAGCAAGCGGUGCAAGAAGAGGAGCAGCAAGGAGCACAAGAAAACAACCAACAACUCCAACAUGUCAGCCCCACACAACAACAAUCGAUGGAAAUGGCUCCUCGUGGAGACGACUACAGACCUGCCCCGAUCAGAGAAUCGCGGAUCAAGGACCGCCCUCAGAGGGACACGAACGAUUCAAUAAAGAUAAAGAUCGAGCUGGAUCUCGAAGUCGAGGUUGAUUUGUAUGCAAGGGUUAAGGGUGAUGUUACUAUUGGGUUGAUGUGA